UCCGCGACGCGAUUUUCCUCGGAUUGACAACAAAUUCAGCGGAGAGAAAGUGUGCCGGUGGUCCCGCGUGUCUACCCGAGCUGUGGUGGCUCUGGCCGGACAUGGAUUAGACAGUGUGCGGGUGUAGGAGAUGGAGGAGCUGCAGGAGAUCCAGGAGCUCCAGCAGGGCGGUGUGUGUGUGGAUUCAGACUCCAGCAGCGAGUCCUGCGAGUCGGACGCUUCUGCCGCCGCGGCGCUACUGCUCAACUCCGGCUCCAAGUUCCUCUUGAAUGCGAUGUCGGCUGAAGAAUACAGGACGGUUUACUGGCCAAAACUAGAGCGAGCCGUCGAGCUUCUGCUCACCCAGAGCCCAAUGGAGCACAUCUCCAUCUCCUACGAGCAGAUCUACAGUCACGUUUAUAAGUGCGUGUGCCAACAGCAUUCAGAGCUGCUGUAUAACGACCUGAUGUGGAAAAUCACGUCUCAUCUGGAGCAGGUCUCUGCUGAACUUCAGGCCAGUCCACCGGAACAUUUAAUAGAAAACUUCAACCUAGCUCUGACUCGGUACACAGCUGCUCUUCACUGCAUCGUUCCUGUCUUCAUCUAUAUGAACAAGUUUUACAUUGAAGCAAAGCUGAACCGAGACCUGCGGGACGAUCUCAUGAAGCUGUUCUCAGAUCAUGUAGCAGAGAAACACGUCGCCACUUUACUGCCUCUUCUUAAAAAGGCUCAUUCCAUGCCAUUUCAAGUCAAUCCAUCAACUAUGGAGAGUGUUGUGAAAGGUCUUUAUAGUCUUCGGCCAGACUGGGUUCCUCUUGCUCCAGCUCUGUUUUCUAGAUUCAUUCCCCAAAUCAAUCCUCCUGCUCUUGAAUCUCAGCUGCCGUUUUACGCUGCUCAAGACCAGAAACUGCAGAUGGAGCUCUCACAGAACGGUUUCUCCAGGGGUGAUCAGUCCCGGAAGCGAGCGAGUGAAGAAUCUUGACGGCGAAGGAGAUUUUUAUUUUAUUUUACACUAUUUCAUUGUGCUAAAGACACAAACACACCCGAACGCUUCUCCACAAACUCCUCCAACAACAACAACAAAAACACUUCAUGGGUUAAUACAGUCCUCUGGGAUCCUCUCUAAAACCGCAUGAUUUCUGAGGCCUUCAGUGUGUUUGCAGAGACGCUUCAGUUUCUCGGUAGACUGAAUUUGUGCAGAUCUCAUAUUCCAGGUUGAUUUCUCCACUCUAAAAGGUGUUUUCCUUGAUUUGUUCACAUGAUUGAGUGAAAUCUGCAGUGUUUUUCAGAGAGCUGAUGAUUUUAUGCUGGUUGUCGUCUGAGUUUUCUGAAUCCAGAUUGUUUUGGGAAUCGAGGAGUGAAGGUAUCGAACAUGCAGAUAUCUAGAUACUAUAAUUCAAAAUACAUCCGAUUUAUUUUAGCAUCACUACUGUACACUGUAGAAAAUAUAUCUGUAAAUGAGCAUUUUUUUCAUAUUUUCUGAUACAAUUUUGUGUUUAAUGGUUUAUUUCUGCUUUUGAAUUGUAUUAUGGGAGCUUGAUCUUUCUUCCAACAACUUUUAACCUUAAAAAUGUUGUAAAAGGUGACUUUUAUUAACAAUUUUACUAGUUUAAAGUGCUACAUAGUCUGGGUUGGUGUUGUAUUUUACGCUACAAACACCUUGUAGUAAACCGCCAGUACGAUUUCUGUUAUUUUACAGACUUAUUUCUCUAUAUAUUAUAAUUUCUUAUGCAUUAUAUCAUUUUAGACUACUAAAAUGUUAAUAAAAGUCACUUUGUUAAACUGUAGAGUUGAAUUUUCAACAUCAGAAGUGGACCGAGCAGAGAUCAACAUCCUAUAAUGCAAUUCACCACCGUAAACAAACCCAAAACACUUGUAAAUCACUAAAUAUGGAUAUUUUUACAGUGUAGUUUUAACAGUUUUGAGGCUCAUCUGAUGUAAAAAUGACGUGCCUUUGGCUCUUCGCCUUUUUUGUUUCUCUCUUUUAGGCUUUUUACAUGAAAAGUGACAUGCAAAUCAUUCAUUUAUGACCACAACUGUUGAUUUAGUUUGUUCUUUUCCAUCUAAUAUUUGGGAAAAUGUUACCCAAAUUGAAUAUGGAAUCAUACUAGUUUGUAUAAAACAGCACAGAUCACAGACAUCUGAACUGUCGGUGUAAUAUAAAGGGCUGCUAAUAAUUUAACUGGAAUAAAAACAUGACACUGAAACAAG